GGACAAAUUUUCGAGUGGUCCUAUAUGCCGCCGUCAUGGGCUAACAAAUUGAUAUUGCGUCUUCAAGUAGCAUGACCCACAUCAUACUUCGGCUAUCUUUUGGUUAAACAAACGGACCGCGAACGUUUCCACAUAGGUUGACUAAAGAUGCAGCGAGGUGCAUGCUUUUCAUCACUUAGUAGGCUAUUGUUAAGGUCACAUUGACGUGUUGUUGAAAGACAUGACUGUGAUGUGCCCUGUUGUUGGUGGCGAAUGGACAGGAGAUAAACAUGCGUGUUGCUUUGCAAAACAUCGCUUGGGAAGUGGAUUUUUACGCAUUUGGUGAAAUAUCUCUGGAUAGGGCAUCGUCUUUUAUCCAGACGAAUCACACCUUAUAAGCAAAUAACAACGCUGCUAAAUGAAAACAUAUGACAUCAUCAGACUCCGUGCCUUGGCGAGGCAUGCUUCCUUUUUUUCUUUUGCCCAAACCACUUAACCACCCUAUUCACAAAUGCGGAACACUGAAUGGUUGAUGAUUAUAACUAUGUUGUCCGAUGAUGUCCAUACACAUAUUGCAAGCUUAGUUCUAAUCUAAGAACCUUAUUAUAGUCUAUAUCUAUAGGCCUAUAUAGACAGUGCAUAUGACAUUCUGGCGAACAUCACGAUUCCCCACAGCAUCACAGAUGAAACCUGCAGAAGCGCUUACGUGAUCUCCAUUUAUUUUUGGGAGCCAAACUUAUUAUUUAUAAGGCAUAGCGGAUGACGCAUAUACUCAGAGAAGCUAGGCAGAUGCUUGUCGGGUACUUCACAACUGAACAAUGACCUCACAGGGUGAUAAAUAUAGUACAGUGAAUUUUAUUAUAGCCUACCUGUCAAUAUGCGCACUGUGUUUUACAUUCAACUCCCCAAAAACAAUUCCUUAGAGAAAUUGGUGAUUAAUUUGUCAUUUAGGAUGUCUAUUUCUUUUUAUGGCAAAUUAAAAUGGUUUGUCGACUUUUCCUGUAGAACCAUCUCGUGCCUUCAGUUCUUGCUUAUUAACUUUUUGGUUAUCAUUGUUACUAUUUAUUUACACAUCCGGGAGUGUGGCGACAUACACCAUCCACCCGCCUUGGUAGCUUGGUUAUUGGAAGACUGUGUUGCCCGUCACCGCACUCGUCCGUCCUCCUCGUGACGUUGCUACCCCAAAGCAGUCAAGCUAGUCCAUCACGCACACAAAGACUACAACAAAGACGAGCGAAAUGCACACCAAAGCUGACACAGAGCACUGUCAGCUAGAAUCUUUUCAGAUAUUUUUCGGUCACUUUCUAUAGUUUCACUAGUUUGAAGUGGUGACAUCUCCGUUGGGCCAUGAAAACUACUGAUUUCUUCUCCAUCGAAAGACGCACGAGAUAGGCUUCGUGGAGAUCAAAUUCAGGUGGUUGCAUUUUCUCCUGUGGUGUUUGUGUGGAGCGUGCCACACACCCACUCCAGAACAACGACGGCUUUUGCUUGCAUCUUCCAGUGUUUCUUCUGUCAGCAAGUCCAGCAGAGCUGCAACUCGUCGCGCGCCAGCCCGGAAGCCAGCGAGGAGGAGACGCACGAGAGUGAGAUGGUGAAGAUGACCAAGUCGAAGACGUUCCAGGCUUACCUGCCCAACUGUCACCGAACGUACAGCUGCAUACACUGCCGAGCUCACCUGGCCAACCAUGACGAGCUCAUCUCCAAAUCAUUCCAAGGCAGUCAAGGACGAGCCUACCUCUUCAACUCUGUAGUGAACGUGGGCUGUGGGCCUGCUGAGGAGCGGGUUCUUCUUACAGGUUUACACGCCGUAGCAGACAUCUACUGUGAAAACUGUAAAACCACUUUGGGCUGGAAAUACGAGCACGCUUUCGAGAGCAGUCAGAAGUACAAAGAGGGCAAGUUCAUCAUUGAGCUGGCCCACAUGAUCAAGGACAACGGAUGGGAGUGACCCCUCAGGAUUAAGGACCUCACCUCCUCCUCUCUUCUGUCAUGUGACCCCAUCCUCCCAGCCCCGCGCCUGCCCACCCGUUGACCUACCCCCCCACAACCCUCUGGUUUUGUUGACGGGCGGCCCUGCAGUGGACUAAACAGGGCAAUACACUACCACCACCACCACCACCACCACACCAACGAAAUGUCCAUCCACCCAUACAGCAACCAAACCAGCUGACCCCUGAGCUGACCGGCUCUACCCUACUCUACGCCUUCCCUUCUCUGGACACGAGAGCAACACGUCCUCCCUGCCUCCUCUCUGGGUCUCCUCUCCUCUCCUCUCCUCUCCUCUCCUCCGGCCUGAAAACACCCUAGCAGGAGGAGGAACAAGGGACAUGGUGAGGCAGAGCGAGUGAGGGGGACCACACACACACACACACACACACACACACACACACACACACACACACACACACACACACACACACACACACACACACACACACAAAACACGUCUCCUCUCGAUGAGCCUCUUCAUAUGUGGUGACAGACAUUGUCCAGUGGUGGUGACUUUUGUUGACAUCUAUGGGAGACGCCCCCUCCCCUCCCCCCCUCCCCCCUUUUUUGAUGUCUGUGGGUGGACAAGUCCCCUCUUUUUUUCUUUCUUCUUUUUUGUCGUUCUCUUCUGCAGGUUUGGUGUGCUACACGUGUACUGCUAAUGUGUGUGAGACAAAGAGACAAGACCUUACACGGAGGGACUCUCUUCUGUUUUUUUUUUUGGUCAUGAACUAAAGGAGGAGGGACAAAGACGUUUUUAUUAUUAUUAUUAUUCUAAUUUUAUUGUCAAUUUUAUUUCUAUGAUAUUUUGCUGUUGUUGUGUUUUUCUUUUCUUGUUUCAUUCAAUUGAUGAUGUUUUCUCCUUUUUUUUAUUUGCGGGAACCUUUUUACUAUGAUGUGAUAGCAGACUGAUGUUGCUGGUUAGCAUUCUUUCUCCUCUCGUGUCAGGUGUGUCGCCCGCACCUCCUCUCCUCCUCUCUCUUUCCUGAGCAUGCUUUUCUCUUUGCGGUGGGAUAGUUGGGGUUGGGGAUGUGAGUGUGUAAAAGUGUGUGUGUGUGUGUGUGUGUGUGUGUGCGUGUGCGUGUGCGCGUGGGGGGGUGUUGUCAAUGUUUAGAAUCCUGGGAUGGAAUGAAAUUGAAAGGAAUGAGACGGGGACGGGACUUGUAGCAGUUUCUGAGAUUUUUGUUUUCCUUUUACUUUUCUUAUUUUUUGUGUAAUGAUGAUGAUGAUGAGGAUGAUUUCCUUUUUUUUUGACGGUGGAGAAGUUUUUUGGCGGAAUUGCAGUGGCAUGACCUUUAGUGUUUUCUGUCUGUGGCGGCACCUCUGAGGGUGACCCCCUACUGUAUGUUCUGUUAUUGUACUCUUGGUCCCUUCUUCCUGUUUCUCAUCUGGUGACUUCCUGUUUAUCACCGUGCAAUCCGUGGCACCUUCCCCCCCCAUCCCCACUCCCACCAUCCUUCCUCUCUCCCA